CCUCCCACUCAGGACAGACGUGGGUCACGUGUUGUUUUUGCUGGUCCGUAGAGAUGUGUACUGUGAGAGGGGGAGAGGUAGAUAGGCAGCAGGCUUGCGAGAUUGAUAAUAGAAACGGGCAAAUGCUGUAUGCUAGCCACGUAGCAGUUGUUUCGUGGAGCGAGUGCUGGUGAUAACCUGCAAAAUACAAGAAUAAUAAUUAGAAGGGCGGACGGAGACUCUGUUUGGAAGGAAGAUAUCGUGCUGCAGCUGCACAUUUCCAGCCCAGAAUGGGGUGUGCGUCGAUAACGGUCGUUAAGCUAUAGUGACCUUUAGUAGGGUGUUUAAUUGCGCUAUCUCAUGGAAAAUUUGACAAAUUAUCAAGGAAGCAGUGGCGGUAUGUUGAUGCUGGAGACUCAGCAGCGUGGAAUUGGGACAAAAACAACCACAGUUACGGUAAGCGACACCUCAGCCGGGGAACCCCCAUUGCCUUUAAUUAAUAUCGGCGGCGCUCGCUUGCAGCACCAGCACUCAUCACACUCCUCCGUCCAUCACCCCGGACUGCAACCGAAGGAUCAGCAUCAUCACCGCCAGCCCCACCAUUUACCGGAGGAGAAUUUUCAGGAAGAUGCUGUCAGAAAGCGGUCUACAUCUUCGGUAAAUCUGAGUCACGAAGACGCCGUCGCCGCCGGGCAUUCACUUGCUUCCACGGCAGACUCGGCGUUCACCCCCGCCGCUGUUUUUACGGAUGGGGUGGAGGCUGAUAUCUGGAAGUGCGGGUAUCUGAGGAAGCAAAAGCACGGCCACAAGAGGUUCUUCGUGCUGAGGGGCCAGAGUCAUGCAGGGCCCAGCCGCUUGGAGUAUUAUGACAGCGAGAAGAAAUUUCGGAAUAGCCUCCGCUCCGCCGCCGGGGCUGCAAGCGCUGCUCUCACGCCGAAGAGGGUGAUUUAUCUGUACCAGUGUUUCACUGUUAACAAGAGGGCAGAUGCUAAACACAAGUAUCUCAUUGCUCUGUACACUAAGGAUGAAUACUUUGCCAUGGUCGCUGAGAAUGAGCAGGAGCAGACAGACUGGUAUCUGGCCUUGAGCGACCUGAUGAAUGAAGGUAAAAAGCGUCCAGUUGACCCCGACGAACUGGACGACGGCUACGGUGUCGUCCCUCCCAGCGCUGGUUUUAAGGAGGUGUGGCAGGUGAGCGUGAAACCCAAAGGGUUGGGCCAUACAAAGAACCUAACGGGAGUUUACCGCCUGUGCCUGUCUGCAAAGAGCAUGCACCUGGUCAAGCUGAAUUCCGAGAUGCCGUGCGUGAACCUGCAGCUGAUGAACAUCCGCCGCUGCGGCCACUCCGAAAGCUUCUUCUUCAUCGAGGUGGGGCGGUCUUCCUCCACCGGGCCCGGGGAGAUCUGGAUGCAGGUGGAGGACUCGGUGGUGGCGCAGAACAUGCACGAGACCAUCCUGGAGACCAUGAAGGCACUGAAGGCCUUUGCCGAGUUCCGGCCGCGCAGCAAGAGCCAGUCCUCGGGCUCCAACCCCAUGGCCUUCAUCACCACGCGCCGUCACCUGGGCAACCUCCCGCCCAGCCAGACGGGGCUGCAGCGGCGCUCGCGCACGGAGGCCGCGGCGGGGACCCCGCCCACCAGCAAGAGCGGCGCGGGCAGCGCCUACCGCUUCCGCACGUCCAGCGAGGGGGAGGGCACCAUGAGGCGCCCCUUCCGCUCCGCCACCGGGAGCCUGGCUCACGUGGGCUCCGCCCGCGCCGGCCCGGGCCGGCAGGAGGGCAGCGGGGGGCGGUACCCCCGGACGCACCCCGGCCCCUCCUACCACAUGCGCUCCGCCUCCCUCCCCGUCUCCCACUUCCCCUCCACCACCAGCCCGGUGAGCGUGUCCAGCAGCAGCGGGCACGGCUCGGCCUCCGACACGCUCACGCGGCCCUCCAGCUCCUCCGUCUGCGGCUCCCCCAGCGACGGCGGCUUCAACUCCUCCGACGAGUACGGCUCCAGCCCCUGCGACUUCCGCUACUUCCGCGUGAGGAGCAACACCCCCGAAUCCCUGGGCAACACCCCUCCCAUCCAGGAGGAGCACUGCCUGAGCGACUACAUGGCUAUGGACAGGUACAGCGGCUCGCACCCCGACGUGGGAGCCAAUGAGGAGAGGCCCUCGUACUGCCAGGCGUUCCCCUCUCGGCCAGCAGGGGGCAGCAGCCUGGCUGCGGUGCAGCAGAAGAUGACCCAGACUGCUUCUUUGGAUGAGGGCGUUGCAGAGGCCGGCUCUGCCCUCUCGUCCUCCUCGAGGCCGGGCUGCGGGUCAUACUCCGACGCGUACUGCCAGGCGGAGCUCCCUGCCGUCUCCCAGAACCACCGCGGCCCUGCCAAGGACGACGGCUACAUGCCCAUGAUGCCAGGGGUGGUGCCUUCACGGGAAGCCGAUUACAUGCCCAUGCUGCCGUCCUCCUCCUCCUCCCCCGCCCGUCCCGGCGGGCAUCCCCCUCAGUCGGACUCCCCGGGCUACAUGAUGAUGCUGCCCCCCGGCCGUGCCUCCCCAGCGUGGAGCAGCCCCCGGGAGGGCAGGACCCUGCCCGAAAGCGACGAGUACAUGGACAUGUCGCGCGGCGGUCCGGCCGACAGCCCCGGCUCCCCCAGCGCAUACUUCUCCCUCCCGCGCUCUUACAGGGCCCCGGUGCGCCAGGGUGCACAGCUCCCCGCGAGCUCCCCAGCCCCGCCCUCGCUUCCGCAAGACUCGCCUGUGCAGCGCCCCACGCGCCUCUCUCUGGGCGGGCAGGGGGGCGAAGCAGCACCCGAACCCCCACCCGAGCCCCCCUCCAGCCCGGGCGAGUACAUCAACAUUGAGUAUCGAGCCCGGCCCUCGAAUGCACCUCGCGCCCCGCCCACAGAGGCUCCGCCUUCUCCGAGCCCCCACCGCCGCUCGCCCCUACAGGAGGACUACCUGAGCCUGGACACCAAGGCUCGCGCCCCCCGCCUUUCCCUUGUCGCCCCAUGGAACCCCCCCAGCUACACCCGUCCCAUCGCAUGCACCCCAGCCCUUGGUAGCAGCGGGCGGGCAGAGUGCUGUGAAGAGGCGGACGGGUCAGACAGCGCCCCCCAGGCCGAGCCGAAGUUGGUGCGCGCCACUCCUCAGGGCAGGAGGAGACACAGGUCCGAGACCUUCACUUCCUCUGUGGGUGGAGCCAGCCCCCCAGCCCCGCCCCUGGACCCCGCCCCCUCCACCACGCCAGACGCCGCCAGCCCCCGCCAGGCAGAGGGCGCCAGGUGGCGCAGCUCCGCCUCCUUCGACAGUGUCUGGCUGCGCAUGGAGGGCGUGGCCUCCCCCAGUGACCCCGACGGGGCCUGUGGCACGGAAAGCCGAAACGGCCUCAACUACAUCGCCCUGGACCUGCGGGACACCCCCACUCCGGACCCCCCUUCGCCAUCUGUGCUCGCCCCCCCGGAGAACGGGGUGUACGCCAGCAUAGACUUCUCCAGGUCCGAUCACCUGACCACGGCGACCUCCAAAGACUGAAGAAGGAGUUUCCUGGGAAGUGGGUUCCUCCGCAUUGGGGGGGGGGGGGUCAGAUUCCCACUCCAUUUUCAGCACCUUGUUACCCUGAGCAAGGGGUCAUCGGGGGUCACGACGACGAGUGUGGGCUGGGUGUCAGGUGACCCAAUCCCAUCUUGUGCAAAUUUCCCGCUCUAAGAUUACUACACUCCAUACCUCCCAUCUGAACAAAAAAAUCCACCAAAAUUCAACCUGAUAACUGACACCUCACACAGAUAGAAUCAGUCCCGCGUACGAAACUGGCUGAACUGACCUUACCCGUGUUCCAGGCCUUGGGGCUUAGGUAGGGAGGAUUUACUACACACAUCACAUAUCAGGCUGCAUUACUGUGGGUUUCUGCUGGGAAGGAUCUGGAGGGCUUUAGUUUUUACUUAGACUGAUCUCUUUUGCUAGGGGGCACAAACUUGCAUUCAGUGUUCUUCAAAAUAAGUAUCGGGUGAAUAUGUUUGAAGGCAGCGCCACCCCUUGAGGGAAACCAGCCUUUGGGAUUUGUGUUGUGCCGGUAGUGAACAAAGAAAUGGAAAUGCUCCUUUGCCCCAACAUUGAAAGGUUCUGGUGGUUCUCUCAUUUUUAGUGUUGGGUGACCUGAGGCAAGGCCAGUGUCAGUCACUCCUGAUGACCCAAGUGUUUUUGUAACCACCUCCUUCCUUCAGUGGGAGGUGUCCUUCAAGUUCUCCAUGCCCCUCUUCACAGAAGGCGAGUAGUCUCCAAGUGGUUUGAGAAGCAUAGCACUUAUUUUAUCCAUAUGAUUCACACGUGACUAGUUCAACCCCAGGACGUCCUGUAAUGGUGUUUGUAUGAAUUGAGGGUAACUGCAGUGGAGCAUUCUUAUUGGGUAAAACGAUCCCUGCUUUUCCACCCCAGUCACUGAGAUGUUUAGUCCAACGUUUGGUGGCCACCUGUGUCUCUGGCUUCUUCUAAUGGGUCAGUUGUCAGGCAUGGCUGUAGCCUUUCCCCUGGUAGGACAUGGAUGCAACUCUUUUUUUUUCUCCCCUCCAUAUUUGGUAAAGUCGCACGCAGAUUCGGAACACUUGUGACUUCUGAGAACCAUGGAACAUAACUGAUGCUGGUUGGUUAAACCAGGGUGUGGAUGAUCGACCAACAGCUAACCAAGGCCUUUAUGUCCUAUCAUAUAGAUAGCCGGUGAUUAGCAGGAAUUCCUGCUUUUUGGACACAACAUUCCCAUUGAUUUCUAAUGGAGAUUAAUAUAACAUAGGCCUAUAGCAAGCAGUCUUAAGAAAUGCAGGUACACUUAUCAAUCAAUCAAUCUAUCAAUCUCAUGUAUUUGCGAUUUUUUCCUCUUCUGAGUGCUUUGAUUUUUUUUCCUUCUGUAAACUGGUCUCCAUGCUCAAGUUAUUGAGUUUAUAUUAUUUCGAAAACAACCAUAUCUCUUCUGCAGAGUCUCCACAACAGCCUCCAUAUUACCAACAAGAAGAAAUUAGCGCCAAAAUUCUGGUGAACAAACUUGCGUUUACGAAAAAAUGUCUGUUCAUAUGGGAUUAAUACAUUCUAAGGUACUGAGUUUGACUGAAAAACAGUAGGUAGUUUGGGCUGGAAUUUUUAUUGUCCCGAUUUGUAAAAAUUAUGAACACGGACGAUUGAUACAGGAUUAAAGUCACUGGAGCAAGAGGUAAUAAUUACAGUUUCAGGAUGUCCUGGGGUAAAACUAGUCUCUUGUGAAUAGAAUAGUCCCCCUCCAGAAUUUCAGCAACACUGUUAGAUGCCACAGUGUGUACAGGCCAUUCUAGACAUACACCCUAUUUAGCCUCUUUACAUUAGCUUUUCCAUUUUUUUGUUUCCAUUUAUUGUAUACUUGUUUCGUUUAGUAAGAUGCUUUGAAGCCGCACUUAAAGGAUGAAUUUAUUGUACAUUUUUACACUCAGUCUGUAAUAUGUGAUAUUAGCAUCUGUGUCAGGAGAAUGUUUUUAGAGGGAUGUUGCUGCAGAUCAGCACACCUUUCUCCAGGUGUAGCUUGAACAGCCAGCUUGAACAAGCACAUUUCCUGUGUCAUUCGACCAAAACUACAUACUACAUGCAUGUCUUUUUCACACAAACUGCCACAUGCAACCAAGAGUGCAACCAGGUCCACUGUCACCACCUGUCAGAUAAAAGACAUGGGGGUGGGCGGGUGGGGAGGGAGGUGUUAGCUGUUUACUGAUAACUGCUGCUGAAAACCAAACUGGUAUUUUUUUUCUGUGUUUCAUGCAAACUGUGCCAUUCUGUUGUUUCCCACCUGUCUGGGAGGACUGUCUUCUGUCAAGUGUGUCAGUCAGCCUUUCUGUGGUGAGCCUGCUGAAGUGGCUCUCCCUCAUGAAGGAGACGUCUAUGGUACUUCCUGUUCAGCCACCUGCCUGCAUGGUACGAUACCCAACUGCCUCUUGUUGUGCGGUUGUUCUAUUUAUUUUUUUAUUUCUUUUUAUCUAAUAAGGAAGCUUGAAACUUCUUAGGAAAUGUAAUUUUUUUCCCCAGUAUGUGGGGUUCCAGUACGUCAGCAGUGAAGGUACCUGUGAUAACACAGUCAAUGGUACAGAGAGAAAAAGUUUUUUUUCUCCACUGUGAAUCCUUGUCUUUUUCCCACGUCUGAGUAUUGUUUUCCUGUAAUUAAGGGCUGUGGUCUUGUGUCAGCAGACAGAUAUCGGAUCACUGCCUCAUUUGUUCAGUCAAUGUAUUGUAUAUUUAAAAGAAUUUGGCCAGGAUACCUGUUUUAUAUCUAUUUUGUUAACCUUCUACCUUUAAAGAUAGUGUUAUGAUUUAAAAUUACAGCACUGAUGAAAAGUAAUGGUAAAUAAAAGUUUAUAACAACAACCUCAUAAUAUAGAUCCGGAGGCUCGCUGGUACUGCAUAAAUAUUUAUGCAACUUCUGUUUUUGACUUUUUAUUAUGUCCGUAGUUUACAGAGGAGAGAUAUUCUCAGUCAUUAGGCAUUGUGUCGGUUUGCUCUAUCUUAAGGAAAGAGAAUACAGUUACAGGCACUGGGUCAAUUUUCUUCGCAGAUGAGAAAAAGGGAGGGUUUACUUUGAGAAAGAGACAUUUUGCAGUUUUGUACACUUCCUGUGCGCUGUUUUAUAACUCCCACAAUGCAUUGGCUGGCCUGAAGUAUAAAUGAGAAUGAGUGCUGUUGUUUCCAAUGGUAUUUGAUUGGAGGGAGGACUGCUAUGUAAAUGGAAAUGUGGAAACGUGCUCUGUAUGUUCGAAGAAAAUGAAAUUAAUAAUAAUAAUUAUAAUUAUUAUUAUUCUAACUGUUCUUGGCUGUGUCUUCCACUGUAAAUAACUCUCGCUGUUCUUUCUUGUCAAUUGCGGCAUGUGCCUCUCUAUAUUUUUCCCCAGAGAGAUGGUGGAUUGCAGCCAAGGAAUUCUGAGCAUUGUACAUAGAGUUUAUAUUUAUCUGAUUUUAUUUUUUGUUUUCUUUUUUUGCUUUCAAUAGAGCUAUUGCAAUAAAAUGUGUAAUGUAUCAGAAGA